AGCCAGUUGUUGCAAGGAGAAGCCAGUUGUUGCAAGCAGAAGACACACAACAUUUAUUUUUUACAAUGUCUGAAGAUGAAGAAAAAGUAAAUAUACGCCGUCUUGAACCAGCUAUACAGAAGUUCGUUAAGAUAGCAAUUCCAACAGACCUGGAGAGGUUAAGAAAGCAUCAGAUAAAUAUUGAGAAGUAUCAAAGAUGCAGAAUUUGGGACAAACUACAUGAAGAACAUAUCAAUGCAGGACGCACAGUUCAGCAACUUCGCUCCAAUAUCAGAGAAAUGGAGAAGCUCUGUUUGAAAGUUCAAAAGGAUGACUUAAUACUUCUGAAGAGAAUGAUAGAUCCUAUUAAAGAAGAUGCAGCAGCAGCAACAGCAGAAUUUCUUCAACUCCAUCUGGAAUCCGCAGAAGAACUUAAGAAACAAUUUAAUGAUGAAGCAACUUUAUUUCAGCCUUCUCUGAGCAGAUCCAUGACUGUUGGGGAAACCUUUCAUGCUGCUGAAUCUGAUCCUGAACCUCAGAGUUUGACUCAAGUCUAUGCAUUGCCUGAAAUUCCUCGAGAUGAAAAUGCUGCAGAAUCAUGGGAAACCUUAGAAGCGAGCUUAAUUGAACUUAGCCAGCUGGUCACCGAUUUCUCUCUCCUAGUUAAUUCUCAGCAGGAGAAGAUUGACAGCAUUGAAGACCAUGUCAGCAGUGCUGCUGUGAAUGUUGAAGAGGGAACCAAAAACUUGGGGAAGGCUGCAAAAUACAAGCUGGCAGCUCUGCCUGUGGCAGGUGCACUCAUCGGCGGAGUGGUGGGGGGUCCCAUUGGCCUCCUCGCAGGCUUCAAACUGGCAGGAAUUGCAGCUGUAGUUGGUGGUGGGGUGUUGGGCUUCACAGGUGGAAAAUUGAUACAAAGAAAGAAACAGAAAAUGAUAGAGAAGCUCACUUCCAGCUGUCCAGAUCUCCCCAGCCAAACUGACAAGAAGUGCAUUUAGGAACCAAACUUUGUCUUCUUGGCACCAACAUGUCUCCCAGAAUGAGGUUGGUUGCUGCUGCUGCUGCUGCUGCUACUGGAAACUCAUCAGCCUCUGGACUUGGCAUCUAUGGAGGGAGUGUUCAAGUGCUAUUGGGCUGUGGCAUGAGGAGGUGGUUGGUGGCUUGCUGGGCUGUGGUUAAGAAAUACCGAAGACAGAAAAGCCAGGGCUGAAUGGCGGGAGGGCAGCCUGCACCAGAUAAAGCAAGUUCCAAGACUGCCAGGCAGCAAGCAGACUUUCUACUGGAAGUGUGAACCUGGAACCCGGAAUAUUGCCAUGGGCUUGGGAUGUAGAUAUUUUGACCUGGAGACCCUAAGGAGAGGUGUCAAAAGAGAUUGUUUAGGCUUAACAAGAGAAGGAGGCAGCCAAGCUUCUCUCAUCUGAGAAUGAGUCCAGAACACACGAGGGGCACCACGGAGCCUAGAGUGGAGUCCCUGUUACAGUGUUUUUGUCCAACUAUCUUUUUCUGCAAAGGAAGCACAUAGUGUAAGGCAAGGGAGCACACAGCUCAGCUUCCCCUUCAAAUACUUUCACUCGUGGCACCAGCUGCUUCUCUGAACUUUUCCUUCAGCCUGUUUUGAAAUAAAAAACUGAACCAAACAGAA